GUCCCUUUUGUUUAUUUGCCACACUGUUACACUUGUUCUUUUUACUUGUCUUUUGUGUUUUAUUUUAUUAUUUUACUGCGGCCUUUGGUAACAGUGGGGGUGCGCGCGCUUUCCCUCGCCCUCUGCUGCCUCGCCCCGGCAACACACGUACCUGCCCACCACCACCACAAUGUCGGAGGAGCUGCAAACAGAUUUUGAGGGUGGUGAUGCAGGUGCAUCCAAGGUGUAUCCAGCUCAGUGCUCCUCCCUUCGCAAAAAUGGUCACGUUGUGAUUAAGGGCCGUGCCUGCAAGAUUGUGGAAAUGUCCACCUCCAAGACUGGCAAACACGGCCACGCCAAAGUUCACCUGGUUGGUAUUGACCUGUUCAGCGGCAAGAAGUAUGAAGAUAUCUGUCCCUCCACUCACAACAUGGACGUGCCUGUGGUGAAGCGUGCCGACUACCAGCUGAUUGACAUUUCGGAUGACGGCUUCCUGUCCCUCAUGAUGGAAUCUGGAGAUCUCCGUGACGACAUUAAGAUCCCGGAAGGCGACAUUGGAACUGAAAUCAAGACAAAGUUUGAAAACGGUGAAGACCUCUUGCUGACAGUUCUAGCUGCUAUGGGCCAAGAAAUGGUAGUUGCCACUAAGCCAAAUAUGAAAUAAAUUACUCCUUCCAACCGCAACUACUGCUACUACCAUCAUCACCACCACCAUUACCAUCUUCAUAACCAGCCAUUAUCUCGUUAAAAGUAUAUUUUUUUCAUAUUAGAUCAAUCCUGUGACAGUUACAAUGUUUACUAUCUGUGAUCACAUUCAACAACGGGGUUCUGGGUGCCCAGAAGUGAUUGUGUGAUAGAUGAAGCCCAAGCUUGACUGUCCAGUAACAACCUUUACCAGCAGGUUGCCUCUCCCCAUGUUCUAAAGCUAAAUAAUGGCCAGGGGAGUGGAUAGUGAAAGUCGCCAUCACAGUAGCUCCUCCCAGUGUGUUGUUUGUUUUGAAGAUCCGCAGCCACUAAAGUGUGUGGUCCUGUUAGUGGAGGGCAACCCCCAGUGUGAGCUGAAAUAUAACCCAUGUGGGUUGGUUUCAUAAUCUGUGACCAAAUGAGGAAUAAAUGGUGUGUUGUUUAUAUGGCGUUUGAUUGUUCAAAUAAUCCAAGCUUCAGUGCAGGAAAGCCUAUUCCUUUUUUACUAUUAUCAUAGGAUAUGGGCCCAUUAUAUGGGUUUGAGGAAAGCUUUUAUCUAACUUGUUUUUGUACUUCUUUGUGCAUAAUUAAUAUGCUAACUGUUAGAAUAAAUUUACAACCAUUCCAGUGUUAUGAAGUUCUUUCAUUCAGAUAUCCCCAGGACUGAUAAGGUUGGAGAGUUGAUAUUUUAUCUGUUAGAUCCUUUUGUUAGUUUGAAUAUGGGGAUUUAUAAAUUAAUUGGGUCAAUAGCUGGUAAAUCUGCUGCUAGCAAAGUAGUUUUUUACCUUGUUUCAACAUAUAGGGAUGAUAUUUUGGUAAACUACAGGUACCUUACCCUGGGUUUAUGCAGCUUGGCUCAACAUGCUUGUCCCUUUGGGGGUGAAAAAAGUAACAUGCACUAUUUCACAAUUUCUUUUGCACAAUUUCCAAGUGUAUAAUUUCCCACGGAACAAUUGCAAUAAUUGUUUAUUAUUACGGAUAGUUUUGUUUGAGGACUCGUGCUGUACAAGCGAGCAAUUGUACAAUAUCUGAAAGUUGUUAGUGCAUGGUAAAUUUUGUUAAUGUACCUGUAGCAAUCAUGUUUUCCAUCAGAAAAUUGCUGUGAAAUCUGCAAGGAAAUAAAUAUAUAUUAAAAACGGAGAAUACUGUCAUCCACCAAUCUUUACAUCCAUGUCUCACCUUUGCUCUUUUACAUGUUAAGAAAUUUUAAAAUUUUGAGGAAGUUGUAGAGCAUUCCUGUGCCUCAACAAUCAUCUUGUUCCAAGCAUAGAGAUAUUUUGUACACUGUCCAUGUUCACAGACCUGCAACAUACAGCUAGCUCGGUGUGUGCAUGUGUGUGUGUAUGUGUGUGUGUGUGUGUAGCUGGCUGGCUGGCUGGCUGGCUGGUGCAGCCUGUGAGGGGCUGAAAAAAAAGCUUGGGCAAGAGAGUUAAAAAUAUAAUUGUUAUAUAGUUUGGGGGUUGCAUUAUGGUAGCUGAACAUGUAUGGAAUUGUGAAGGUGAUGUUGACAUGCCUGGGCUUUGUGAAGCCAGAAGCAGAGUGGCAAGAUUGUUGUAGUUUUCCACAAAUAUGCCUUGGCAAAAUGUACAGCUCAGGUGUGUUGACAUGCCCUUCCGCUAGAGUACCCUGUAGGCAGCAGUUAAGGUAGAUAUAUGGAGGUGUCCGGGAAUGUAAAGAAAGGAAUGGUGUUGUGUGUAAUAUGGAGUUGUUAGGAAUGAGAUUAAUAAUGGUGCAGCAAGCCUGUUGUGUUGUGAGGAAGUGUGGGGAAUGUGAAGUGUGGUGAUGAGGUGUGCCUGUGUUUUGUGAAGUGGGGAAAGUCUAUCAGUUAUGCGGUGUUGGGGAAUGUAGAGGAAUGGUGUAGCUAACCUGUGUGAUGUGUGGGGGAAUGUAUAGUAAGACUUAGUGUGUGUGUGUGAGUAUGGGAGUGGUGUCACAAGCCUAUGUUAUGUGGUGUGGGGGAAUGUGUAGUGUACGAAUGGUGUAGCACGCAUGUUCUGGGGUGUAUGAGUGGUGUAGCAAGUCUGAUCAGGGGUGUGGGAGCAUGUGUGGUGUAUGAAUGAUGUAGCAAAUCUAAUGCAGUGUGGUAUAUGGUGUAACAAGCCUAUUAUAGGAGGAGCAGUAGGAAUGUUGAAAAAAGUGUAGCGAGACUGUUAUGUGGUAUGAGGGAGACGUGUAGAGCAUGAAUGGUGUAGCAGGGUCGUGUUGCAUUUGGGUGACAGACAAGUGAGGGAGGGAGGGAGGGGCAGGUGGUAUGGGGCUGGGCAGACAGUGGCAGGUCAUCAGUGACGUACGUGUGUUCUGCGCUGCUGGACAAUUGGUGAUGGGGCUUGUCUGUUGCAUGCCGGAGUUGUUUUGACUAAUCCGAGGUGAAGUUUUCCUUGUAAUACAUUUUUUAAGUUGAUAUUUUGUAGGUAGUAAAGCCAUUGCUCACCAUGACAAUAGGAAUAAUUACUUUGUGGUGCUUUUCGCUGCUAAUUUCACGAGUGGCUCAAGUGGUAAUGACACGCCUGUAUGUGAGUUUUAAUGUGGAGAUGCCCAGUUUUGAAGGCUUUUGGUUUUAUAAUUAUUCACAUUUGGUAUUUGUUUUUAUCUUUACCUGCAAAACUCAGUUGCACCUGCCUUGCAUUAAGUGGCAGUAACCUUUGGCAUUCUGAUCAUGUUCACAGACUAUAAGCUGAUAACACAUUUGCAUAACACUGUAUCUAUCAAAUGAAGAUUGUCCUUGGC